AUGCCUUCCCUGACAGACGUCCGUUUCGCUGAACUCGUGCAGGACAUCGCUUGCGAUGUGCAUUCCAAGACCCAGGAUGAUGACAACAUUCUCAAGGUCCAAGAAAUUUCGAGGGCAUUUGUAUCGGACACUCUCACAGUACCGACCAAGGAGAUGAAUGCCUAUGCUCUCCGUGCGUCCCUCGGGGACGAUGUAUAUUUCGAGCCAUCCACUGCUUUGCUUGAAUCCCACAUCGCAAAGAUCACCGGAAAAGAAGCAGGCCUCUUUCUACCCACAGGCACGAUCCUCCAUAUUCAGUCAUCACAGAUGCACGGGCCCACAUAUACCGGUAGGUUUACUUGUCGCUUGAGAAAUAUGUUUCCAACGUUUGCCAGCAUGGAAGCUGGCGGCGCUGCUUUUCACUCAGGUGCUAACAGUAUCCCAAUUAUUCCCGCUAACGAACACCAUCUUACCUGGGAGGACAUCGAACCUCGUAUCGUCUCUGGCACAGAUGUCCAUGUUGCCCCAACGCAUAUCAUAGCGCUUGAGAAUACUCUGAACGGAACCAUCAUCCCACAGGACGACGUGAUUGAAAUUUCGAAGAACGCACAUAGUCGGGGUAUCAUCAUGCACCUCGACGGUGCGCGCAUCUGGCAUGUUGCAGCAGAGACCGGGUUGUCCAUGAAAGAGCUUUGUGACCCAUUUGAGUCUGCGAGCUUAUGUCUCAGCAAAGGACUUGGUGCACCCAUCGGAACUGUCCUAGUUGGCUCAGCGCCAUUUAUAACCAAGGCGCGAUGGUUCCGAAAGCUCUUUGGUGGGGGUAUGCGCCAGACCGGGUACUUGGCUGGCUGCGCUGCGUACGCACUUACUUACAAUUUCCCUAUGCUCCCUCGCGUGCACGCCCUUGCAAAGCGGAUGCAGCAGGGCCUAGAACAACUCGGCGUUGGGAUCUUGAGUCCCGCUGAAACUUGCAUGUUGUUCUAUGACCCUUCGCCUAUUGGGGUUGAAUACUGGGAAGUAGUUGAGCGGGCCGCACAACUUCCGGAUCCCAUUAAGCUGAAUGGGUCUCGCCUUCUGAUGCACAUUCAGACAUCGCCUCAAGCAAUAGAAGACUUCCUGGAGCUCCUGCGUACGCUCAAAGAAGAGAAGGCUGCUGCGGGAUGGAAACCCGAGAAUGCACCGCCUAAGAAGAAGACCCUGUUCAGAGAUGUGUACGUCAAGGCCGUUAGACCAACAUAG